CUUUUUUGGUAAGUCAGAGAGAUAAAUUGGAAUCUUUCUAUUAAAAAAAUAUGUACUCACAAUUUUUUUCCAAAUUUGUUUCUCUUUGAGUCCGCCAUUUUUCUAGCCCCAAACGAAUUCUUUGUCAGAUUCUUGGAUUUUAAGAUGUAUGGUGUACAAGUUGGAGAACCAUCAUUGUAAUAUUCGUUGUUUGACUGAGUGACACAACAGAGUGGGUUGAAACUGUUGUGUUAAUCUUAAAGUCUUUAUUAAUCCAAUUUAUGGGGAAAAAUGAACAUGCACCGUGCAUUAGGUAUUCAAAGAUCUAGUGAAACACAGCACAGUAACAUGGGUGUCUGUGGAGCUAUGUCGACAUCUUUAUCCAUUUUGCCGUCAUUUGAAGAGAAGUAUCUAAAAGUGCCAGAUUCUCUUCACGUGCUCACAGAAAAGGAGCAAACCAGAAGCCUCAUUUCCUCACGGGCAAUCCCGUCAGCAUCUAAGAGUGGAACAGUAGGGCAUCUGUUAUCUUCCACUUCUGGACCCCACAAAGAUUUUCACUUUUCUCCAACCCCCUCUCAAGAAAGUAGGCAACAUAACUAUCCAAUUAUUUCAAGUGAAGCUUCUGCAGCAACCUGCCAAUCUUCACUCUCAAACAUACAUUCGACAUCAUUGGAUAAUUACCCCAUGGAGAACAGCAAUAAUUUCUGGGGCGAAGAUGCAUAUCAUGACUGUAUAAAUUUUUCUACGAAUGUUCCUGUUCAGAAUGACCAAGUCGAAAGCCUUGCAGUUGUCAUGACGUCUGAUGACCAGAUUAAGAGAUCUGAUUGGCAGGACUGGGCUGAUCAGCUAAUUAAUGAUGAUGAUGUAUUAGAUUCGAGCUGGAGCAAUAUUCUUGUUGAUAUCAAUCCUCCAGACACUAAGUUUCUGGGAGCAUCUGAAGUCCAUGCUGGCCAGUCCGAUACUCUUCCUCCUCCUCUUCCUGCUGCUGCUGCAUCGUGUGGGCAAAGAUGCCCAGUUGGUAGCCCAUCGUCUACCGCAGCACUGACGAAGCCUCGCAUGCGAUGGACACCCGAGCUUCACGAAGUCUUUGUAGAAGCUAUCAGUAAGCUUGGUGGGAGCGAAAAAGCUACACCAAAGGGAGUGUUGAAGCUCAUGAAUGUUGAAGGCCUAACCAUCUAUCAUGUCAAAAGCCACUUACAGAAAUAUAGAACUGCCAGAUACAAACCAGAACCCUCGGAAGGAACACCGGAAAAGAAGACCACCAGUGUGACAGAGAUGCCAUCUUUGGACCUGAAAACGACCAUGGGGAUAACAGAAGCACUAAGAAUGCAGAUGGAAGUCCAAAAGCAGCUUCAUGAACAACUUGAGAUCCAGAGAAAGUUGCAGUUGCGGAUCGAAGAACAAGGUAAAUACCUUGAAAUGAUGUUUGAGAAGACAAAGGACAUAGGGAAAGAUUUAAAGGUAUCAUCAUCAUCAAGAACAGAUGAACAUCCUUCACCAUCCAACAAGACAAAGCAUACAUCUCCCAACGACAAAUCAGAAGCACUCGAGAAAGAUCCCAUGAGUUUGAACGAUCGUUCAAGUUCUGGAGGGAACUCACCAGACAAGAAAGCUCGUGAAGAUCAUGAAUCAGAUGAUAGGGACAUGUGUUGUUCACCUACAUCGAAACGAGCAAAAACAGAGGAAACAUCAGGUUUUCAUGAAUCUUGACACUCAUUUGAUAUGUGAAUUGUCUGUACAAAUGCUGUUUGACUUGAUGAAAGCUUUUGGUUAAUAAUUGUGUGAUUUUUCCUUGUUCCA